GCAAUAUAAAAAGUUUCCAACAUCCAUUCAUAUUACUUUCACAUUAAUACUUCUUUCCCUUUGCUCCAUUGCUAGGACUUAAUAUAUAUAUAUAUGUAAACUCAAAGACAAGUGCAGUCGGCUCAUCAUCCACCAAUAUCAACUGCAUAUUAUUCAUUGCCCAUUAUGGUCUUCUUAAUUGACACAGACGGGAAAGGUUAUGUCUUUACCUAUGGAAUCUUCGGUGUUCAACACGAAGAACUUACUCCAGAAAAAGUAAAAUCUAUUUCCACCCUCUACAAACUCCUCUCCUCAUCCGCCAAUCGUAUCGACCACCUCCAAGACGAAAGUCACGGGCUUCCUCGCCACGGGCCCAAAUCCACAACUUUCGUUGCAUACUGGUUAUCCUCCUCUUCCUACGAAUCAUGGAAAGAAUCACCCCCUGUCAAGGACUUUUGGGCCUCCUUGCCUGCUGACGCGGGCGUCUGGCGCGAGGUAAUGACGGUUCCCAAAUCCCGCUUCAUGUUCGCCUCUAGUCAACCCGUCCCAUCGGCUAUGGGAACACUACUUCCACUCAAACAAAGUAACGAUGAAGGAUACUGGGGCGUAUAUCGUCAUCGGCUUUCGGAGACACCAGAUUCCCACACCGACCCAUCAGAUACAUUCACUUCACCCUAUAUCACUCCCACCAAAGCGAAACCCAACGAAGAGAGAAAAAUUAUCGAUAUACCCAGCUCCCGUAGCUCCAAGAUCAAACUUGGAAGAGUCACCAUCUCAGACCCUCCCGAAAACCUGAUCUUUGUACGAGAAGGGCAGCGCCAACCUCAUAUUCCUCCCGCGGAAACCGAAGCCUGGCUGAAGCUGAUAAAUCCCCACGCACAAUCCUGGAUAUCGCAUUUGGACACUGAACGCAACAAAAAUGGUGUGGUAGCAUUCACCACUCAUAUUGGACACGAGAAUCUGGCACCAGAAAUUUUAAAUGAGAAAUUCGACCCCAAGGCGGAUUUGGAGCUUGAUACUGAGGCUAUUGCUGAGACGAAUCAACUUGCUUAUUUUUUGGACCUGGCGCAUUUUGAGCAGGCUGGACGUUCGCAUAAGGGCCAUGUAGAGUUGAGGAAGACGGUUAUGAGUCUUUAUGGGCCGGGAGGUCAGUUCGAGAUGGGGAAGGCGGUUUUGUUUGUGGAGCUGUGUGUUUUGAAGUCGAAGGAUUUGGAUGCAGAGUAUAUAGGUUGUGCGGAAGGCACAGGUUUGAUGUGUUUAGCUAAUUUGUAGUGAAUUGUGAAACUCAUGGUAAUCACCUCAUCGCUAGUCAUUGUAGAACUGGGUUAAGACCCUUUGACAUGAAUAAUCCCCCACCCCAUCCUGAUAGCCGGAAUCCUCUAACAAUGGAUCCAUCCCAACUCAUAAUGUAAGUCAUAACAAUAACAGAAAUGGAAUCCGGCCACAUGGUCGUCAAACCAAAUAAAUUUCGCAUUGCCUCGCGAUCCUUCAUCAUAAUCGUAUGGUAAGCGGCUAUCAUCACUAAAAGGAUUUCAAGUCCUCUAUUUCCAUCAAGUGAAAAUUUUUCCCAUGAAGAGGGCUCAAAAUAUACGGCGUACGCAUUCAGCAGCGCGUUCUUAUUCGAUAAGAACACUUUCCGAAAUUACGCGGUAUUUCUUAGGACUCUUAAGGACGCCGCACAUGUUGAGCACUCUGCUCUUCGUCUUUCAUUCCAAUCCUUUUCCUUGAAGCUGCUGUGGCUGAAAAACAAUCUCAUGUAAGAGCGAGAGGCAAGUCCAUAGUGCAGUGACUCAUAUUUUCGAGGUGAGUAUUUGAGGAAUAAGAUAUUGAUAAAACGUAUAUUUCCAAGUUCUUCCUAUCAU